CUUGCAGUCUGACAAGUGAUGUGACAAGGAAGUUGAGGCUUCAUUGAAAGUAGGGGGAGGAAAAAGUAAUUUCAGACAAUUGUUUCAUUUUUUAAAAAAGAUGUGUGAUUUUGAUUUGUCUCAAGCUCUGGAGGGGUCAGAUGAUGAGACGAGACCUGACCCGGCGUGCUUCGACAUGCCUCAUGUUCUAAAUGCAAUCCUCAGGCUGGAUGGGGAAGUAGACCUGAAUAUUUCUUGUAAGCCAAACACCAUGCAGUGUGUGGUCAAUGUGGUUCUGGCAGUGAACAGGCUGAAGAAGUCUCUAAGUUGGUGCCAGAGUGAUGAACAACUGUGCUGCAUGAUUCUGGACAGUCUGGUGGACGAAAAAGUCUUCCAGAUUGUUCAGAACAUUGGCACCAGUGAAAGCAAAGUUACAUAUCAACGUUCCAGCCAUCGCCCUAGACAGUGCACUCUGUGUGACACCUCACAGAAAGAUGUUGUCCACUUCACAGGAGAAAUGAAACUACAUGCGCUCACUCUAAAAGGGGGAAACAGUGAUCGAAAAGUCUUGUUUGAACUGGUGCGCUACUUGGCCCCCGUGGGUGGAGAAAGUCAGAUAGUGGCCCUGUCCAUCUCUCAGAGCAACUGGUACAUUACCUGCUCCAUGAAAGACGACAAAGCUGUCUUACUUUUGGAGGAAUGCAGCGGUGAGAAGUUGCAGAGGAUCAACGGUGGUGAAGACAUGGACAGAUUCCUCUUCAUGAAGAGGACCAGGGGGAUGUCUUUGACGACUUUUGAGUCGGUUGCCUGUCGUGGCUGGUACAUCAGCACAUCGCCAGAGGAUGAACAGCCUGUGGACAUGUGUCAAGUUGACACUUCAACACGUCUCACAUGCUUCAAACAGUGUAAUAAAAAUUAACCAGAAGAUAUUCUUGUAUUUAAUAACCUUUAUCCACAUCUCCACUAGAUGUCGCAAUUGUUACCUGGCCUUGGAAUGUAACUGUACAUAAUAUGAAAGGGAAACCUCUUUCACCUUCAACCGCUUAUUCGGCAUCAGGUCGCAGGGUGAAAGGGAAAACUGAUUUGAAAAUUGACCUUUUUUUUAUCGUUUUCACUCCCAGAUUCAUCACUAUUAGAUCUCCUCAGACCCCAGCCAUCCUCUAUGGGCUGAGUUCACACUGCUGCCAUCCGACCGCAGGUUCACUGUCCCCAAGUGUAGAACUAAUAGAUUUAAAAAAUCUUUUAUUCUGGUUGCAGUUGGUGUUUUAAACCAGUCUUUGUAACUGUAAUUGUUGUUCAUCUUUUAAUUGUCUAUUUUUUGUGUUAUUGUUUUACUGGAUGUGUGAAUUGGUGUGUAUUUUUGCUGCUGCUGCAAACCAAACUGCCCCCUUGGGGAUAAUAAAGACUCCUUGAACCUUGAACCA